AUGUUAUACUCUCCCGAGUUGACCAUGAACUCUCAUGGCAGCAGCAGCCACGAACGCGGUCACUCUCGGUCCUCACUGACGUCGUCGCAUCCAUCGUCAAGAAGACGCCACAGCAACCACCCCCGGCCUGGACUAGCAGGCGCUGCCGAAAAUGGUCCACCUACCGCCCGGUCCUCCCCCAAGAUGCCGCGAAUGGUGCGGUUCAUAACGGCGGGGCAUCAGGUGGCUAGCGGACGUGUGCAGAAACAGAGCCAUCAUGUCGAGAGGGGUGCCAGUGAGAGCCCAGCGGCGAGGGCUGCGACGCAGAUGUUGCGGAGGACAUCAGGUCGACCAGCAUCAAGCCAUGCCGAUAUGCCUGCGAUGAGACCACCGCCGCACUCACCACGACCUUCUCACCACCUGCAAUCACCACGAUCAUCUCACAGUCACUCACCACGUUCACCCCGACACGCUCGCACCCCUUCAUCAGCAUCCCUCUCAGGAUCACUACCUCCCGGACAACAAGCCGAGAUGUUCCAACCACAGCAGCGCCGAAAAAGACGCGCCGUCUCUCCGCUGAGAAUAUCACCAGACCCUCGGCAGGAUAAGGAGACACAGGAAGACAUGGUCGACACCCAACCCGUGACGGAAACACCACUCUCCAAAACCCCACGAACUCCCCUGGCGGAUAUCACACCUCCAACCUCGGCCUCGAGCCAAGAAACAAUUGACUGCGGUAGUGACGACUGGGACGAACCUUCACAAGAUGAAAACGACCAGCAAGUCGAACACGCACCGCCACGGCAGAGAACUCUGAGCCAGUCGGUGGAUUUGCUCACAGAAGGAGAAGUGAGGAGCCUGUUGGUGUUAUACGCCAAGUCGGACCCUUCCCUGUCACACUUUAUACACGAGGUGUCACUUUCCAGGGUGGAGAGGCCGAGUGGGAGGGCGCUCACGGCGAAGGGGUAG